UUGCAGAAGUCAAUGCGAUGCGAGUGCCCCUACAUCGUCGCUGAGACAAGUUUUUCUUCCUACGCAUUUGCCAUGUGAUUGAUUUCUCGGUUCCAGAGCUGCUUCCCACUCACUAACCAGAUCCCUCUCCCUCUCUCUCUCUCUCUCUCUCUCUCAUACAAUUCAUUCAUUCAUUCAUUCAUAUGGAUGGUGAUAUCAACAUCUCUAACCCACCCUCGAAGAACCCUUCACAAUCUCUCCCCCUUCUCUUCCUCCCCUCUCCUGUCAGAAGCCAGAUGUUAAAUUCGAAACUAGUGCCCUGCGAGAACAAUUAUGGGGUGCACAUCUUCUGUAUAUGCAGUUGGGAGGAAAAAGAAGAAAUUGAGCAUCCCCGAAAUUGCGAUUUUUGUUCCCUCAAUGCGUGUUCCGCUACAAUCUGAUCUUCAGAGAGCGCUCAGAGGCCUAAUUCCAAAAGAUCUCGCGAAUAGGAUUGUUUCACUUCGGAAUCAGAUUGUGUUGAUUGUAGAGGACACUGGUGGAUCUGCUUUUACCCAACUACAGCGAGCAUUGGAGGAGUACUUGCCUCUUCUACUUGGCCUCACUACCAAAGAGCAUGGUCUUCAACAAGUAGUGGAGUUCAAGUGGAAAAAUUUAGAGGAUGGACGACAAGAAAUCUGUGUUGCAAACUCCUGGUUUGAAAUACUAUCUGUUAUCCACAUGAUGGCUAUGUUGGCAUUGACAGAGGCAAAUUCCAUGUUGAUUCCUAAAGAUCACUCGGGUUCUUCUGAAAGACUUGUAUCUGCAGAUUGCAUGCGUGAUGCUGUUGAUUUAUUGCUAAAGGCGUCGGGUUACUUGGAAUUUUGUGUCCGGAACGUUCUUGUUCACUUACCACCUGAUAUUAAGAAGAGGUUGCCAAAAGAUUUGCAGGAGGGUGUAUUGGAAGCUCUUUCCAUUCAAGCACUAGGCCAGGGAACUGGAAUUCAACUUGGUUUAGCUGUUGAAAGUCAAAAUGCUACUUUAUCUGUGAAGAGAAGGCUGGCAUGUGAACAACUCAGCUAUUUCGGACAGGCACAUUGCUGCUUGUCUGAAUGUAACUUCAAUCAUGGAUAUGGAAAGAAGCAUCUACAGUUCAUCAAAUGGAAAUAUCUUGAAGCAAAGGCUGCAGCUUACUACUACCAUGGUCUGAUCCUUGACAAGGGCACUGAACCAUCCUGCCAUGUUAGUGCUGUAUGUUGUUUUCUCGCUGCAGAAGAACUACUCUUAGAAAGCAAGAAGAUUUGUCUAAGCUUUUGUCUUGCAGUUCCUGUCACGAGGUCUCCUCCACCGUGGGGUGCUAUGAAGCUUUUAAACAAGAAAGUUCCUGAAAUAGCAUCCAGGAAGUCGGAGAUGUAUGGAUACCUUUUAGACCAAGAGAAGGGUCUCCAAAUCUUGCCUGAUCUUCCAGAAUUCCAGCUGUCAUUAAGGCCUGACGACUACGAAUUGCCUGAGAUGGACUCAGCAUGGGCUAGUGAAAAAUAUGAAAUACCAAGUCAACCUCUCAAAGAGCAUCUUAAAGAUUGUGAAGAUGAGAUGGAAACUGAAUGACCCAUCAUCAUAUGGAACCUCUAUCUUGCCUUGUUCAAAAAAUUACCCAGUGAUAAUGUUUUGUGAUGACUGUACGUCCUAAUAUCUAUAUAUCACUAAAACAUAACAAGUCAUAAGUAAAUUUUCUGCUUUUGAAAACCUAAAUAAUACCCCGAUUGUUUUGUUCAAAUUAUUAUCACUUCUGCACAGCCCCCCUAAUGCUAAACCAAUGGAUGGAUCAUUGAAACUUGCCAUAGUUUGUAUCUUUUAUUUAAAAUUUUAAUAUAAAAUACAUUGAUGUGUAGUUUUUGCUA